GAUCAGCAGCGCCGCAAUGAGAGUUAUUAAAAGGUGUUAGAGAAGGGAGCAGUCGGGCUGUUCUAAACUUAGAGUAACCUGAAGCAAGCCAUGAGGUACCCCCUGGUUCCUCUGGUGAACGAGCUGACCUUUCCUCUGCUUUUCUUCUGGUUCUGUUUGCCGUUUGUAAUGCUGCUGAUCAUCGCCAUUAUCUGGCUCCAGCUGCUGCUUAACGAAGCACAGAUGCCCAGCACAGAAAAGAUUGAGAAAGAAUCUCCUGAUGAGCCUGAUUCUGAAGAUGAAGUAACAGAGGAAGAAAACCAGAGUGAUGCAUCCAGUACAGAGAUACAAGAGGAGUCACAAUCCAGUGGAACUGUGGGGAGACUGGGGCCCAAGCCUGCUUAUCUGAACUCAAAUCCAAAAAGCCAAAAGCAAAGUCUUCUUGCUGUGACCUCAAACAGCUUGUCCCAGAGGCAGAAGAUAAGAUAUUCCCAUGUUGAAAGGAGCAUUUUCUAUAACUUGCUGAUGCUGUGGUGCACCUUGCUUUCUUCUCUCAGCCGGAUUUUUUUCUGCCUGUUGCUCCAGACCUUUAACAUCCUGAGGACUCUGCUGCUGCCAUCCUAUCUGGUUACCUAUAUGGCUCAGCUGUUUGCUUUGCUGGGUGAAGAAGCUGGGAAAAUCCUGGGCUCUCUGAGGCUGGAGAGCAGAGGACUGUUGCUUUCAGUCCUGGGGAGGAAAUUGCAGCUGAGCCGAGCUCAGAGAACCACCUCAGGAUGAAAAUAAAGCAGUCCAGGUCAGCAUUGGUGACAGCUACUGCAGCACGGCAGAGGGAGGGGAAUUCUCUGAGAAAGAAACCCACUCAAGGCUAAGUCAGCACCGACUCAACUCACCACAUCUGCUUUCAGAGUGUUGACCGUCUAAAUGUGGAAUGGAUGACAUCAGCCAAUUUCUUGUCCACUCUGCUCCCCUCCCACCUCAGAGGGAUGAGCUCUUUGUUUUAUAAGGACCAAGCACUCCACCAGCACCGGUGACAAUUUCAGUUCACCAACACUCAUCUUUGAU